AUGGCUCUUUGCUCUUCGUGGACGAUUCGAUGUAUGUUGUAUCCGAUGUCCGUUGUCAAAAGUCGACUUCAACUACAACGACAGAAUAAUGAGUAUAAUGGGAUGAGGGACGCUUUUGUCAAGAUUAUCAAGCAUGAGGGCAUUGGGGCUCUAUAUAAAGGUUUCUGGAUGACUCUUCCCCAACUGUCGGCCUCAUUUCUCUACUCAUCAGCGUAUGAACGUGUUCGUGAUCUCCUCCAAACUCAUCUUCACAUCACAAAUCAUUCCGUCGUCUCCGCGUUGGCCGGUGGAAUCGCCUCACCGUGUGCACAACUCAUUUUCGUACCCACUGAUAUAGUUGCUCAGCAUAUGAUGGUUCAUAAUAAUCCAGCCGCGUUUGGAGGUGGAAAAAAGAAUAUUCCAGUAGCCGACGCGAUCCGGAAGGAUGGUCUCGAAGGGAAACGGACGUUGGGGUUACGAGUGAUUCGGGCGGUUUAUAAAGUUGACGGAAUUUCAGGGUUUUAUAGAGGCUUCCUAUCAGCCAUCAUGUUAUAUAUACCAUCGACAAUGGUCUUCUGGUCGACAUACUAUAAUUCGUUGUCAGUGUUUCGGAUGAUUCGGGAAAAGGUAACCGAACUGGAAUACGGUGUGAAACCGAUGUCACCAUCAGAAGUUGACGAUCGGAAUCUAUUUUUGGAUCAAGCGAUCAGCGGAUCGAUUGGAGGUGUCGCCAGUGCGAUGGUCACGAAUCCACUGGAAAUGCUUCGUAUUCGGUUACAAGUCCACCGAACGACAUAUCGAGAAACAAUCGUCAGAUUGUGGAAGUAUGAGAAGGCGCAAGUUUUUACAAAGGGUCUCGCCCCCCGGAUGGUCAACAACGCUCUCUACUCGAGUCUCGUCAUGUUGGCCUACGAGAGUGUGAAGCGGUUCUCUGUGUUACCCGAAUUCAAGCAUAAAAUUGUUUGGUGA